AUGAGGAGAAAUUAUUGCUCCUUCGCCGCCGUGACGUGGUUUAUGUUUCUGGCGUUCUCCGACGUUUUAGUUAACGCCAAGUUCAUUGACAUCUCUCACGAGUAUGUUCCUGGCUUGCCCAAAUAUGAUUCGCCUACGGGUCUGGGAGCGUUCAUGAGGACUAGCACUAUUAUUGGUGUAGGUAAUAACAAGUUCAAUACCCGCAUUUUUAUUUUGAGUACGGAUUGCGGGACUCACGUCAAAGCCUUCACUGAUGUCGAAUCCUUAGAUCUCACCAUUCUCAACGGUCCAGCGUUGGUGGUGGAGGUUCCAAAGGACAAGAACAUAACUGCUGAAGUUAUGCAGAGUUUAAGCAUUCCCAAAGGAGUAAAGCGUGUACUUUUCAGGACAGUGAAUACCGAAAGGCGGCUUAUGUAUAAAAUGGAGUUCGACUCGAGCUAUACUGGUUUCCAGAAAGAUGGGGCAGAGUGGUUGGUGAAAAACACUGAUGUCAAACUUAUUGGACUUGAUUACUUAUCCGUUGCUGUAAAACCCGAUAAGGCUGAUGUGUAUCAGGUGUUGGGCAAGGAUGUAAUUCCCGUGGAAGGCUUAAACCUUGAUAAAGUCAAAUCCGGAGAAUAUUUCCUCCAUUGUUUACCUCUACGGAUGUCUGAGGCUAAUGCAGCCCCAACGAGAUGCAUCCUUCUCCGGUGA